GCAACAGUUAGCCAAAACAUCUGGCAAUGAGGAAAUAUUCGCUGUAUAUGUUAUAGCAAAAUAUGAUGACAAUACUAGCUCCUACGUCCCAAAAGUUCAAAAGGUUCUCCAAGACUUUGCUGAUGUAUUUCCUGAGACACUACCAAACUAA